AUGCAACGCAGAUCUCGUUUAGAAUGCCGGUGUUAUUAUGGUGUAAAAGAAACAAAGCGUUGUUGGAUACUGUGUGACAAAAAUGCCGAAUCGAUGACAGUAGUCGCUGGCAUAGUCGCGUUGUCGGUGAACGAGAGAGAUUCCGCCGGCACCCAGUACUCGUCCAGUGCGACUUGUCUUCCCGUCCCGCCUUGUGCCUGUGUAGCGAACUGGGAGAGUCGACGGUGUCGGGACAGAAAAGAGAUUAAUACGCACCGUCGUAGGCCGUGGUGGCGGUUGGUAAAGUGUUGUGAUUUGCUCAGAUCAGAUACGCGCUCUGGUGGUAUAUAUUUUAACUAG